AUGGCAGAUGCCGCCGCCGCCGCCGAGGCCAAAAAGGCCAAAAAGGCCAAAAGCAAGAAAAGGCACCAGAAGGAAAAGGCGCGGAAGAAGCGCAAGCGCGAGGCGCGAAGCCAGGACGAAAGACGGAAGAAGGCGGAAAAUGCAGGAACCCACUUUGCUGCGGCUGCUAGGGCCCGCCAGGUAAAAUACCACUCUUAUGACUCAUGUCAUGAUGGAAAACACUGA